AUGAAACCUUUCAUUGAUAGUGAUCACUAUUUAAAAAAUCACUCACGAGUUUUAAUGGACAUGGUCGAAGCAAGUUUGAAAUUUUACUCAGGCAGCUUUCAUAAUUAA